UGAUCCCGCGCUCAGCUCGUGAGGAGGAGCUUAUGUUCCCAGGCGCGUGCUGCUGCACCUCUUCACAACACACACAAAUUUGGUGGCUGCCUGGCAGCAAGCGGUAAAAUCAGACUUUAUCCUUCAUUUAACGUUAAUACUGCAAGACAUGAGCGAUAACGAGAAAGGUUACGGCGAGCGGGAGUCUCGCUCUGCAUCCAGGAGCGCAAGUCCUCGGGGCUCAGGGAAAUCGGCCAGCCGCUCCCCUGCCCAAUCACCUGCCCGCUCCAAAGAUGGCUCCCGACACUCCCGUUCCAAAUCUCGGUCCCGCUCCAGGUCCAGGUCUGGGUCUCAUUCCCACCGUGGUUCACGGAGACAUUACAGUCGCUCCCGCUCCCGCUCGAGGUCCUAUCGUCGCCGUUCUCGCAGCAGGUCCUACAGUGGAGAGCGUCGGCGACGCAGCCACAGCCAUUCACCCAUGUCCAACCGUCGCAGGCACAUUGGCAACCGUGCAAAUCCCGAUCCUAACUGUUGCCUAGGAGUGUUUGGCCUGAGCUUGUACACCACAGAGAGGGACCUGAGGGAGGUCUUCUCCAAAUAUGGCCCCCUGUCAGAUGUGUGUAUUGUCUACGACCAGCAGUCCAGGCGCUCCAGGGGGUUUGCUUUUGUUUACUUUGAGAGCAGAGAAGACGCUAAAGAGGCAAAGGAACGAGCAAAUGGUAUGGAACUGGAUGGCCGUAGAAUCAGAGUGGACUUCUCCAUCACAAAAAGACCCCAUACCCCAACCCCUGGAAUCUACAUGGGCCGCCCCACAUAUGGUGGAGGCGGGCCAAGUGGUCCAAGGCGCUAUUCACGUGACUACGACCGUGGCUAUGAUCGUGGCUAUGACAGAGGCGGCUACGAUCGCUAUGACGACAGGGACUACUACAGCAGGUCAUACAGAAGGCGGUCUCCUUCACCGUACUAUAGAGGGGCGUACAGGUCUCGGUCCCGAUCACGGUCCUAUUCUCCCCGCCGCUAUUGAAGAUUGCUGUCAGCAUUCCCCUCCCUUCCCAACACGUGAGACUGUUCCCGGGGAAAAAGCUCGGUUGACUUCAGGAUAGAUGUUCUUUAAUGAGAUUUUGUCAGCAAGUGUACAUGACCGAUGUGUGUAACAGUAUACUGAGCUCAGUUGUAAAGUGGUAUGUCAUUUGAAAUGACUUGACCUGUCCUUUCCCGUUUUUUUAAUUUUAAAUGUAUGGACCAUAUAUGCCAUACGUGUUUUGUAUACAAAUUUUGUGUGAGUGUGCAAACCAAUCUUGUACGCGAUUAAAGGAAAAUGCAGACGUUUUUUUUCCACUUUA